AUGACACAUGCAAUGUCAGAUCUGUGCCACAGUCCGAUGUUAGUCCUGGCCAUAUUUGUGGUGGGGAUCGGUGGGACGUUUCAGUAUGGUUUUCAGAUAUCAGUUCUCAACUCUCCAUCUCCUUACAUCAAGAGGUUCUUGAAUGAGACGUGGCUGAUGCGCUAUGGCGCCGCCCUGGAGGACUGGAAGCUCAAUUUAAUCUGGUCCUUCAUCAUUUCUUUGUAUGCUGUCGGAGGGCUCAUUGGAGCUCUGAACGCAGGGCAUCUCGCUGUGAAGUACGGCAGGAAGAGGUGCCUUCUGUCAAACAAUUUUGUCGCCAUAGCUGGUGGGGUGAUGAUGGGCCUGAGUAGAAGGGCUCAGUCUUUCGAGAUGAUUAUGGUGGGGAGAUUCCUAUACGGAAUUAAUGCAGGAAUCAGUCUGAAUGUUCAAACCAUGUAUCUGGGGGAGAGCGCCCCCAAGAGGCUGCGUGGGCUGGUCUCCAUGACCGUCUCCACCUUCCUGUCCAUUGGCAAACUGUCUGGCCAGUUGCUUGGGCUCAAUGAAAUUCUAGGUUCUGAAGACCUGUGGCCUGUCCUGUUGGCCUUCAGUGUGAUCCCAGCCCUGAUUCAGUUAGUCAGUCUGCCUUUCUUUCCAGAGACUCCCCGUUACCUCCUCAUAGACAAGGGAGAUCAGGCACAGUGUGAGAAAGCGUUACAGCAGCUGUGGGGAAAGGGGGAUUACAGAUCUGAGAUUCAUGACAUGGUGCUGGAACACGCAGCAAUCAAAGGGGAAAAGUCCAAGAGUGUCUUGGAGCUGAUCCUGGACAGGUCGCUGAGAUGGCAGCUGCUGACAGUCUUUGUCACCUUCACCACCCUGCAGCUCUGUGGCAUAAAUGCAAUCUAUCUCUACUCGUUUGAUGUGUUCCGUGCAGCCGGGAUUCCCGUACACCAGGUCCGCUACGUGGCUCUGGGAACCGGGCUUUGUGAAAUUUUCACCUCGUUGUUUUGUGGGCUGCUGAUAGAAAGUACAGGAAGAAGAGUUCUUUUAUUACGAGGGUACUGGUGCAUGGCUUUGGUGUUAGGACUGCUGACAGUUACCAUCUUUCUUCAAGACCAAAUCAUUUGGAUGUCUUAUUGCAGCAUGGCCCUCAUAUUUGCUUUCAUCUUCUUUUUUGGAAGUGGGCCAGCUGGAGUAACAGCCCCACUGCCCGGGGAGAUGUUUAACCAAGCCUUCAGGCCAGCUGCCUUCGUUAUUGGGGGAUCCUUGAACUGGGUGGGGCUUUUCAUCAUAGGAAUGAUCGUUCCCAUUUUAGUGGAUAAUUUGGACUACUUAUGUUUUAUCAUAUUCCUGGGCUUUUGCUUCUUUUCUGGAGUCUAUGUGUGGUUUUAUUUUCCUGAAACGAAAGGAAAGACAGUGCUGGAGAUAACGGAGGACUUUCAGAAAAUGCACUUGAAAACGAAGACUGAAGUAGCAGAGAUAGUGGAGAAUCACAAAGAGCUGCAGUCUGUCACAUCAACCAAGUUCUGAUAUCACAGACAGUGGGAAUGCAGGGAUUGUACUGUUCAGGGAACAGUAUUUGCUGUGUACUGUAGUAUUGCUCUAGAGCCACUGGCUGGCUGGCAUGUUUAAAUAGAGGUCAACAAACACAACCAUUUAACCUGUGUUAGCUGUUUCAUUAGCCACAGCAGGUGGAGCACUCUGCUUCUCUGACACGGAGUGUAGGGAGAUCACUGCUAUUACAUUGGAGAAGCGUGAAACCAUUUAUCAUCAUAAUAAAGAAUCACAGACCCACGUAGCAAAUACUAAAGCACCCUCUUACAGCACACAGGGACUUUCCAACACACACCUGAUCACAUUCAAAACUGUUAAAUCAUUAAUAAUAAUAAUAAUAAUAAUAAUAAUAAUAAUAAUAAUAAUAAAGAUUGUGAAAAGCUGGUUUGUGCUGCUUCAAUCCAAUUGCCAAUCUUUCCAGCUCUUGCAAACCUGUGGUUUAGUUUUCUAUCCCAGCUGGGUUCAGUUAGAAAGCAGGUACAUGAGCUUUUAAACAUUCCCAACUCAUGCGUGUCACCGCAGCGCAACAUUGUUAUGCUUUGAUAAAUAUGGGGCAAGUCUUGUAUAAGAAUAGUUUAGGCGCUGACUGUUUGGCUGUAUGGCUUUCAACCAUUUAGUAAAAGGAUAGUGCAGUAUUUAUGUGUAUAUAGCCCUGAAGUAAAAAAUAAAACACUCUGACGCUAACACAAAACUAGUCACUUUACUGUAACUGCCUGACUGCAGUGCUUCCUUACUUCCCAUACACACAGAUUUCUCUAACAGUUCCACAUUGUGUUGCUGUCUUUU